ACGUUCCCUCCCCGUUGCUGUGCCCGCAACAACCCCCCACCCCCACCCCGCCGCCAGGGUGGGGGUCAGGGGAAAGGAGGUGGACACCCGCCUCGUGAGGGCAGCCGAAAUUGAGCGAUCGCCGAGCAGAUAGUGCAGGAUAGAGGGCACUCAAGGGUUAAGGUUAACACGACAAAUGUUUGCCCGCGCUGAAAGCCUUUAAAAAUCACAGUGUCAGGCGACAGCAACCCAGAGGUGUGCAGAGACUGAGAGAGCCAACACCCAACACCAGUGAUUGGCCAUGGCAGCUCCCGUCGUGGUAGUUUCCCAACCGCAGAUGACCACCACAACCACCACGGUGGUCACCAAUUCAAGACAAGGCUGGAGCACCGGCAUCUGUGACUGUUGUGACGACUGCGGCAUCUGUUGCCUUGCCUGCUGGUGCUUUCCUUGCUUCAUGUGCAAGACGGCUCACGAGUUUGGAGAAUGCCUUUGCCUCCCGCUGCUGGAGAUCUGCUGUAACGGCUCUGGCUACAUAUCGCCUGUGAUUCCUCCGAUCUCCCUCGUCAUGCGAACAGCCACCCGUGAGCGCUACAACAUCACGGGAUCCAUCUGCAAUGACUGCUGCACUAUGUACUGGUGUCUCUCGUGCGGCUGGUGUCAAAUCGCCAGGGAGAUAAAGCAACGCAAGCAGCAGGUGACCAUAGUCAACGCCACCACCUCCAUGUUGCCUCACCCGACCUAUGUACCCCAGCCUAUGUACGCAGGCCAGCUUUCCAAUCAGGUGGCCCCUCAGUACCCACAGUAAAGCUGUGUGUUUGGGCUGAGAAAGUGAUCUAUGCAGAGCAAUAGAAGUUUGAAAUAAUGUUUGUUGGAUUGCACUCUCCCUAUCGGACACUGACCGGUGUCUCUCAGUCCCUCUCUCUCAGGGAUAUCUAUUCACUGACCGGUGUCUCUCAGUCCCUCUCUCUCAGGGAUAUCUGUACACUGACCGGUGUCUCUCAGUCCUUCUCUCUCAGGGAUAUCUAUUCACUGACCGCUGUCUCUCAGUCCCUCUAUCUCAGGGGAUAUCUGUACACUGACUGGUGUCUCUCAGUCCCUCUCUCUCAGGAGAAUAUCUGUACACUGACCGCUGUCUCUCAGUCCCUCUCUUUCGGGGAGAUAUCUGUAAACUGAUGUGUAUUUGAUUGUAAAAGUGAACCCUGAUUAGUUAGAGUCCAGCAUAUCGCAAAGAACUCUGCCAGCUUCAAACACGCCAUUUGUGUGAAUCAUCUACCCCAACCUGCGUGGGGCAGAACAAAAUCUCAAUCUCACAGCAAGAAGGUCCAAAACAUUUGGAAGGUAGAACCCACACACAUGGGCACUUGAUCACUCACGUACAGUCACCCAGGCACACAGAGAUGCAGACAACACACACAUAGUGCAUAUACACACAGAAACAUAUGUACAUGCACAUAGACACAUAUGUAUACACACAUACAAUAGACAUAAACAGACAACAUGAACCCAGAUGCUGCCUGCUGCCUGCUGCCUGUGAAGAGUUUUCCCAUUCUCUCUGUAUCUCCAGGGCUUUGCUCCGGGUGCUCCAGUUCCCUCCCACAGUCUGAAGACAUACCAGUUAGUAGGUUAAUUGGUAAUUGGUGAUUAGGCUAGCAUUAAAUCAGGGAUUGCCGGGCAGUGCAGCUCGAAGGGCCAGAAAGUCCUAUUUUGCACUGUAACUCAAUAUAUAAUCAAUAAACAUACAUUCACAUAUGCACAUGCAUGCAAGGAUCCUUUAUCCUGUAAAUACGACACAACUACUCUCCAUACAAAGUGGGGUGAUCUAGGAACAGCUAGUGUAUCCAGUUGUGGUCACAUCCAAGGCCACCCACAGAAUAUCGUUUUCAUGCCUCUUUGCUCAUUAACAACUUAACCCCAGAUUCUGAAACCUUCCCUCCUUCAGAAUACUGCUCUUGUUGGCAGCGUUUCCUUUCUGAACAUUACCUCUAACUUCACUCAUCGGUCACAACUGGUCCGUAUUCCUAUCCGGUUGUUUGUACUUUAAGGAGAUAUACCAUAUAUUUGUCAUAAACCAUGCACUAAUUCUUUAAAUGUUUGAUGUUGCUUUUCCGGUCCUGUAUCUUUUCAAUCACCGGAUCCAAUGUUUGUUACAAUUUUUUCCCGAGUCUAUGUUUUUGAUUUAAGUUCCCAGUUUCAAAUCCAACAUGUGAUUUUAAUAAACCAUGCCAUGAUUAAAGUUAGUGGAUGUAAUUACAGUCUACAGUUGGAUUGGAAUUGGAAUGGGUUUAUCAUCGUCACAUGUACUGACAUAGUGAAAAAAUUGCCUUCCAUACAAAUCAUUGCACAGUGCAUUGAGGCAGAACAAGAUAAACCAAUAGCAGAAUGCAGAGUAAAGUGUAACAGCUAAAGAGAAAGUGCAGUGCAGGUAGAGAGUAAGGAUCAAGAUCAUAUUCAAAGUUCAAAGUAAAUUUUAUUUUCUAAGUACAUAUACAACCCUGAGAUUCCCUGUGGGCAUACUCAACAAUUCAAUAGAAUAAUAACCAUAACAGAGUCAAUGAACGACUCCCAAACUUGGGCAUUCCACCUGAAUGCAGAAGAUAAACUGUGACAAGGAACAAUAAUAAAUAAGCAUUAAAUAUCGAGAACAUGAGAUGAAGAGUCCUUGAAAGCAACUCUUAGGUUGUGGGAACAUUUCAAUGAUGGGGCAAGUGAAAUUGAGGGAAGUUAGCCCCUUUGGUUCCAGACCCUGAUGGUUGUGGGGUAAUAAGGUGUUCCUGAGCCUGGUGGUGUGAGUCCUGAGGCUCUUGUGCCUUCUUCCUGACGAGAAGAGAACAUGUCCAGCGUGGAGGGGGUGGAUAUUGCUUUCCUGCAACAGCAUUUCAUGUAGAUGUGCUCAAUGGCUGGGGGCCUUACUUCUGAUGGACUGGGCCAUAUCCAGUACUCUUGUAGAAUUUUCCAGGCUGUGAUGCAGACAGUCAAUAUACUCUCCACUACACAUCUAUAAAGUUCGUCAAAAGUUUUAGAUAUGUCAAAUCUCUGCAAACUCCUAAAAAAGUAGAGGCACUGCCGUUUUCCUUGUAAUUACACUUGCAUGCUGAGCCCAAGACAGGUUCUCUGAAAUAAUAACACCCAGGACUUUACAACUGCAAACCCUCUCCACCUCUGAUCCUCCAGUGAGGACUGGCUCAUGAACCUCUGGUUUUUUCCUUCUCCUGAAGUCUAUAAUCAGCUGCA